UUGCCCUGUGCCAAAGUGGCUAUUAAUAUACAGUAGCCGUGUGCUUCACUGAACUACAACAGUUGAGCAAUGAAAUGGGCAUGUGUUUCAUUUACAAUAACGUCUUGUUUUCAAAGAUCAUAUGCGAUUUUUGCACGUGUUUUGCAUAGUUCUAGUUCUUACUAGUAGGAUUUUUUGCAGGUAUUUGUCUGACUGAACUUUUCUGAUGAGGGACUAUGAAGAAAUCGUUGCUUUCCUUGGGGAAUGGGGACCUUUCCAAAAUCUAAUCUAUGCUCUUCUCAGUCUGAGUAUCAUUCCCAAUGGAUAUGUGGGAAUGUCAAUGGUUUUCCUAGCUGACAUUCCUCCUCAUCACUGCAGAGUUCCAUCCCUGAACAGCAGCUAUGGUGGACUGGGCUACAAUCUGUCCAUCCCGACUGAGGAGCUGAAAAGGGUGACCAUCCUGAGUCGCUGCAGACGCUACACUGAACAGGAAGACUCGGACUCUGCCUACAGAAAUGACACAGAGGGAUGUAUGGAUGGCUGGGUGUUCAGCAAAGACAGAUAUGUGUCCACUAUUGUCACUGAGUGGAACCUGGUGUGUGAUGAUGCAUGGAAGGCUCCCUUCACACUGACUGUGUUCUUCUUGGGAGUACUGGCUGGAUCCUUUUGUUCAGGUAUUGUCUCUGACAGGUAUGGCAGAAAGCCUACCUUCCUCAUAACCAUGGUGCUACAAACUCUGGUCAGUGUGCUACAGUCCGCCUCCAGCAGCUAUGAGAUGUUCUGCGUGCUUUACUUUGUGGCAGGGAUGGCGUAUGUUUCCAAUUACUGUGCAGCCUUUGUGCUUGGUUCUGAGCUGCUCAGUAAAUCGGCUCGCAUAAGUUUUGGGAUCCUGGGAGUCUGUUCCUGCUUUGCUGUUGGCUACACCAUUCUGCCACUGUUCGCGUACUUCAUUCGUGACUGGAGGACACUCCAGUUGGUUCUGUCUCUGCUGGGGUUUCUAUACAUUCCCCUUUGGUGGUUCAUCCCAGAGUCCCCCCGCUGGCUCAUCACUCAGGGCCGGUUGCAGGAGGCAGAGGCCAUCAUUCGAGCUGCUGCCAAGAAGAACGGCAUCACUCCACCAGAGGACAUCUUCCAACAGGAGCUCAUGAACGACACAAAGACCAAUCAUACUACUGAGAACAAGUACACAUGGUUGGACCUGCUAAAAACGGAAAACAUAAGGAAUAUUACAAUUUUAAACAUCAUCAUUUGGAUCUCGCUAACAAUGAGCUACUAUGGGCUGUCGUUCAAUACUCCCAAUCUGGAUGGAGAUCCUUACCUCAACUGUCUCUUUGCCGCAAGUACCGAGUUUGCGGCCUACAUUUUCAUCUGGUUCACUACGCGCCAUGCUCCUCGCCGCUUCACGUUGCCCUUCACUCUUCUUCUUGGCGGGGUGGUCUUGUUGCUCAUCACUUUUGUCCCUGAAGAGCUGAAUGGCUUGACCCUUACCCUGGCGAUGACGGGGAAGCUUGUGGUAACCGGUGCCUAUGCGUUUGUGUACUUCUACACCAUGGAGCUGUUCCCCACUGUAGUGCGCAAUAUGGGACUGGGAGUCACCUCCAUGGCGGCCAGAAUAGGCAGCACUGCCUCUCCAUACAUAGCCUACAUUGGGACGUAUCAUGAAACUGCACCUUACAUACUCAUGGGUAGCAUUUCCAUAGCAUCUGGCGUACUGAGCCUGUUGUUACCAGAGACAAAAGACGAGGAACUCCCAGAAUUCCUCAGCCAAGUGAAACCGCUCAGAUGGUUUUGCAAGGAAAAGAGGCCAUUGGAACAGAACACGCGAGACGCAAAUGGACAUGUACAGAAUGUAGUAGAUCUGACAUCGGAACAAAUUUAGCCUACAAAGCUACUGCAGGUUCCGCUCCGGCUUACCUGAGGGCGAUGCUGAAGCCAUAUGUUUCUUCCAGGGUGUUGCACUCAAUGGAAUAAGCUAGUUGCUACAAGAGCAGGGUCAUCCCUCUCAACUGUCAAGAAGCUUGUGAAGACUCAUCUUUUCCAAGAUAACUACUCAUCUCUAAUCCUGGGCACUACACUUAAUAGGGUCUCCACUAUUUAUACUGUAUAUUACUGCUCUACAUCUAUUCCACAUUGCUUGUAUACUCCAAUACUCUGUAUUGACCCCACUCUGUACUUUCUUGGAUGUCCUCUUUUUAAGUCGCCUUGGUUAAAAGUGUCUGCUAAAUGAAAUGUAACAUAAUGUGAAGUAAAACUGUAGAGAACUUAUCAUCUUCUGAGUUACUUUGCCAAGUAUUAAACAUUUAUAUUUGAAAAGUUGAAGUGAUAAAGUGUACAGGGAUAAAUUGACUAAUCGGAUAUGCUACGUCCAGGGCCUGAUUAAGAUGGCCUGGGGCCCCUAGGCUCCAGGUUCCUGUGGGCCCCUCGGACGGCAUAUUUCACAACAAAUUUACAUAGGCAGUGUCAUAAUUAUGAGCUAGCAAUUAAGGGUAACAUGUACAAUAACUGCAGUCAAUAUGACAGAUGAGGUUUUCAUUUUUGCAUCUGACACAAUUGUAGGAGCCAAAAUGAACUUUUUGUUUAUUCUUACCAUUUCCCUUUUUUGGUCUUUUUAUUAGUGUGUGUUUGUGUGAGUGAGUGAAUGAGUGAGAGAGUGAACUUGGCCACAGGUGUGUCUGACCCCACCUAGAGGAUGACUGGGGUACUGGAGCCCAGGUGGAGGUGGAGCCCAAGGAGAAGGCCUUAAGGGGCAAAGGUCACGGCAUCCAGUUUGGCUGAGAGGGCACACAGUCCUUUGACCGUGUGGGCUGGACUGAUCCAUAGCAUAUAGUAACUCUCAGUUUUUUGUCUUUAUCUUUCAACAAGUUUUAAGUUAUUUGUAAACAAUCAUCAUUAUCUGCAUUAA